AUGAUAGUUAACGCAUAUAAAUCAGAAUUGAUGAAAAAUCCAAACAUAACACUUCGAGAUUGUCGUAUCGUUAUUUCGAAAAACCUUGGUAUCGGGCAAAGGACGGUUUCAAACGUGAUUAGCGAGUACAAUACCAAAAAGACUGUGACUUCUCCAUGCAAAACUCGACAAAAAAAAACCUAUAAAGAUCUAUAUGAUGAUCUACAACUUAAUACAAUUCGUCGACAUGUCCAUUCCUUUUGGUUUAACAAGACUAUUCCGACACUAGAUAAGAUACUAACAGUUAUAAAGAACGACGACAGUCUACCAAAUAUUUCACGUUCAAACCUACAUAAUCUUUUAAAAUUUAUGGAUUUCGUCUACACAAAACGAAGUCGGAAUAGUGCUCUUAUCGAAAAGGACAAAAUUAUUUUGUGGCGUAGACGAUAUUUGCAGAAUAUUAAAAAAUAUCGUGAAGAAGGACGGCAUUUGUACUAUCUGGAUGAGACAUGGGUGAACGCAGGUGACUGUACAAGCAAGACCUGGGUAGAUAAUACAAUUAAAUCGUACCGUCACGCAUUUCUACAAGGUCUCACGACAGGCUCACAAAAUCCAUCUGGUAAGGGCAAGAGACUCAUUGUUCUCCACAUCGGGUCGGAAGACGGUUUUGUACCUGGUGGGCUAUUGUGUUUCAGAGCAAAAAAAACCAAUACUGACUAUCAUGAGGAGAUGAAUGGUAACACAUUUUUCAAGUGGAUGGAAUACAUCGACUCAAAGAGAACUGUGUCAUUAUAA